AUGUCAUCGAGUUUUUGUAAAUCGGAUUGCCAAUCGAAAAUCCAUUCCGAUGAAGCAAGUUACGUUUGGACGAUUGAAGAUUUCCAUCUUCACGAGGCCGAAGGCGAACCAUUAGAUUCACCUCCGUUUUCAUCCGUUAAGAAUAAUCAAGUUAAAUGGUAUAUGGAACUUUAUCCUAAUGGCGAAACCGAUGAAAAUGAUUCGGUCAGUUUGAAUGUGUAUCUGAGUGAACUCAGCAGUUUUGAAAAAAGCAAACAAAUAUUCGCGAAAGCUACAUUUCUUGUUUUAAAUAGCGAAAAUAAUGAAAAAAUCAAGGAAUCCCUCGACAUUAAGGAAUAUCUUCAUCCUGACACUCCGAACUCUGGUUGGGGCUUCGCAGAAUUCAUUAAAAAAGAUGAGUACUUUAGAAACAAGUUGCUAUUGAACAAUACGUUGACGAUUCGCUGUGAAGUGAAGUUUUCUGAUCUGAGUUUUCUCCAUUGUGAUAGUGGCAUUGAAAUGCCCGAAUGUGACCUCUCUGAAAACUUCGCAUCGUUUUUUGAAAAUCAAAUAUUAACGGAUGUUAUCCUUUCUGUGAAUGGUAAAGAGUAUCCUGCCCAUAAGGCUAUAUUAGCUGCUCGUAGUCCUGUCUUCUGCGCCAUGUUCAAACACAGUACGAAAGAGAACGAGCUCAAUCGUGUAGAUAUUAAGGAUAUUAAUGAAGCUGUUGUGGAGGGAAUGUUGAAAUACAUUUACACCGGAAAAUGUGAUGAUUUAGAUGAAUUGGCCGAAGAAUUAUUAGUAGCAGCCGAUAAAUACGAUCUACGUCGAUUGAAAAUUAUGUGUGCAAAGGAAUUAAUCGAGGGAUUGUCAGCUGAGGAUGCAGCAAAUGUUGUUAUAUUAGCAGAUAUGCAUCACCUCGAAGAUCUGAAACGUGAAGCGAUCAACUUUAUUGUAGCAAACUUUGCUCAAGUUUUGAACACUGUAGGUUGGAAAAAUAUGCUUGUAUCGAACCCUCACUUGGUGAAUGAAGUUUGCCAAGCCGUUGCUCGUAAAUGA